CCCAUGCAUUUUAAAUAAAACCAUGCAUAGUUCUGCAGCCUGCCUUUUCAGCACAACACACUAACAUAAUCACUGUCAUUACAAAUUUCAUUACAAAUCUCUGUAAGCAUUUUCAAUGGCUGCAUAAUACCGUUAACACUACCAUUCUAAAACUAUAUUCUUCGUCACAUGGGCCAUUUAAGUUAUUGGCCCAGUAUCAACUUACUGAUUUUGUUGCAAACAUGUUAUUUUUAAAGAACUAUUAAUCUUUCCAUUUUUUCCCUAAAUGGCUUUGAUACUUUAUAAUCUUGAUCAGUCUCCUUCAUCAUAUCUAGUUUCUUCUAACUUUAUAUUCUUUUUAUGGGUAUUUCCUUAUUGAAAAAGGCAUAGUGACCAAUAACCCUGGUAAGUUACAAACAUAAGAAACAUACAGUUUUUACAAGUCUUUAUUUCAAAAUCCAAACUCCUUUCCAUAGACUGAAUAAUGUAGUUGAGAAUUUGGGUGUAUGGGGGAGGGGGAGACAUGGUGUGCAAAAAGCAAGGGCAGCUGGACAUUCUAGAAAAAAACAGAAGGUUGUAUUAGAAAGGAACGAUCCAAAUGCGAACUCAUUGAUCCAAAUUAGAACUGGACAUAUGUGUGCUUCAACAGAAAAAAAAACAAAAACAAAAUGGAUUCCAGGCAUGAGAAAUAUUGACUGAGGAGCUAUAGUAGAGAUAUAUUGAAGAAGGCACAUGUUUACACUUACAAGAGAAAACCAAGGCAACCAGAGAAUCCAGGAAAAUGAAAAUGCUACAAGAAAAGCAUGAUCCAAAUAUGAAGCAAACCAAAAUGACACUGAUCUCGAGCAAUUCAUGUCUAAGAAAAGAUAAUUCAUGUGAAUAUUCCCCUUUUGAAGCGAAUGGGUAACCAUACAACAAAGUGCAGAUAAGCAAAUGUAAUUAUAGCAUGCUAGCUGGCUCUGAAAGGAAAAAUAUUUAUCCAGUCAUAAUCGUAUAAAUUCUGUUUAUUGGCUUUCAAUUUUUUGGAGCCAGCCUACCCACAAAACAUAAAAGACUUAAUUAUGAUCAUAGAACAAAGUCUGAAUGUUAUCAACUUUGACAAUAUGAAGUCAAAGUGCUGCUGGCGGACCUUGGAAGAUGGAAGGGAAGAGAGGUAACAUGGCUUAAAACUUUGUCUUGCAAAGGUAGAGAGUCAGGUUAUAAGGAGUAUGAGGUAUCGAUCAAGAAAUAGAAGAUUACUGGGGCACCUGGGUGGCUCAGUCAGUUAAGCUUCCAACUCUUAAUUUCGGCUCAGAUCAUGAUCUCACUCUUCGUGAGUUCAAGUCCACGUUGGGCUCUGCGCUGACAGCAGACUGUCAGUGCUUGAGUGACAGCAGACUGAGACUGCCUGAGAUUCUCUGUCUCCCUCUCUGCUCCUCCCCCCCUCGUUCGCUCUGUCUCGCAAAAAUAAACAUUAAAAAAAAGAAAUAGAUUAUUACUAUUUCAGUUCACAGUGGAAGCCAGUUAAUGAGCUAAAAACAGUGUUAUUGACUAUAGAGGAGGAGGAGUUGAGACAGCGUGGAGAGCAGGACUUGUAGGAGCUGUUGUCCCCCAGCAGUUUCAGGCCAGCCCUUGCUUGGCCAGCGCUGGGACGUGCAACCACAGUUCAGCCUGUCUGGCCACUCCCAGAGAAGCUCUGUCAAUAGAGACACUAGAGGGACACUGAGGUUCCAGGAGGGAGGAAGAUGGUGUUCUUCUUCUCUGCUCCUGGUUCCUGUCUGUUUUUCCAGAAAUGACAAAUAAUCAUCCGGUAGCAGCAGGUGGCUCUAGCUGGCAGUUGUUCAGAAACACCCAGAAGCAGGCACACGGUGCCUACUCAAAGAUGCCAGUGCUACCCAGCCAGCACCCCUCUUCACGGGCCAAACCCCAGCUCUGGAGACAGCACCCCUCCCCGCCAGGGUCUAGCAGCCCUUCCUUCAAGUUUCUACAUCUGAAUGACUUUUUGGUUUGGUUCUUUUUGAUUCUUCCACCAGCCUUCCACUAGCAGCUGCUCUCUGCAGUUGCCACCUGUGAGCAACUACGUGGGCCCCUUUGUGCCUUCACUUCUCCAACACUUGAUUGAUAGCAAUUCAUUGUAUUAAACUCUCACAGUUAAAAUAACCGGUAUGAUUUGUUUCUUGCCCUGAUCCUGACUGAUCCCAAGAAUAGGUGGGUUAAAUCCUCAUUUAUUAUUGCAGCAAGUUAAUAGAUCAUGUGUGACUAAUGUUAAUAAAUCAAACCUUGGCAGUGUUAGCACAUUAUAUAGAGAUGUGGGGGUAACCACGGGAAUAACGGCAGACAUGUUUAAAAGUAGCCACCUCUAGGGAGAGGGCUGCGUUUGGGAGUGAGCACGGAUGUUGCUCAUCUGUACAAUUUCUUUUUAAUGUAUAAACAUUUGAUUAAAAAAAAUUUAAUUCCUUAUCCUCUCUCUUCAUGUUUAGCGGGUAAUCUCAUUGUUAGGGAAUGGAGAAAAUGCAAAAUCUCCUAAGAUUUUAAAGUAAAAUCUGGUGGACUUAAGAGUGAAAGAAUUAUUCAGCAUUUUUUGGUAAGUGAGAAAAGGAAAUGCUCAAAUUCAAGACAUCAAACAGUUGUAGCCAAUACUAAUGAAUAACCAUAUAUUGAAUAAAUGCCAACCAAUUUAAUAAAUCAUAAUAACACAUUGAAUACAUAAUUCAAUGCUAAAUUGAAUAAAUAAUUAUUGUUAUAAUUGAACAAGUUAAACUAUGCCUCCAUAAAACAGUAUGAAAUAAAGUUAUUUGCUUUGGGCUGUUAAAAGAAAAUGAAAAAGAAAGGCCAUGGUGAAAAGAUCAAUCAGAGUCGGUAGAUGACAGAAACAUUAAGACUCAGUUUGCCCAAAGCGUCUCAUUUUAGACAUGAGUGAGGUGAGCUCCAGAAAAGACUUGGUUAAAACUGAAUGAAACUUUGCUGUUAUCUAUACUCCCAGAAGACCGACGUUGGACUCCUACAGUGUGUCAGGCAUAGUGCUAGGUCCUGGGGACUCCAGGGUCCAUUUCAUCCAAAACUUUCAGUCUGAUAAGAAAAGACAGAAAUUCAGGGAACACACAGUAUCCCUCUUAUGUCCAGGCCCAUUGACAAGGGCUGUCCCGUGUGAUAGUUCGUUUAGGCUUCCCAACAAGGCUGUAAGGUAAGUGGUAUUAUCUCCACGUCACAGAGGAGGAAACUGAGACUCUAAAGAGGCAAAAUAAUUGCCCAAAGCCAGGAACAUCUGAUCCCACAGCCCCUGUGCUCUCAUCCGCAACAUUGUGAUCUACAAGGUCAUGGUCAUGAUAUUGGGAGGGUGGUGGGGGAAGGAGAGAGGAGAGCAUUUUUUGAAGAGAAUCUCCCCAUAAGUCAGACUUGUUUAACUUAAAGACCAGUUUCAAUUAAGCCUCAUGGUAGGAAACAACCUCUCUCUGGGCCUGGUUCCUACAAUACUGACGCUCAAUCUUUCUGCCGCAGGAAAAGAAGUUUGCUAUGAAAGGGUGGGAUGCUUUAAAGAUGGUUUCCCAUGGACUGGGACUUUGUCAAGACAGUUGGCAGGUCUACCCUGGUCUCCAGAAAAGAUAAACACUCGCUUUCUGCUCUACACGAGACAUAAUCCCAAAGCUUAUCAGGAGAUCAGUGCAGUUAAUUAUCGAACUAUCCAAGCCUCACACUUUGGGACAGACAAGAUGACCCAUAUCAACAUACCCGGAUGGAAAUCAGAUGGAAAAUGGCAGCAAGACAUGUGCAAUGUGCUGCUCAAAGUGGAAGAUGUGAACUGCAUUAACGUAGACUGGAUUAACGGUUCACUGGAAUAUAUCCAUGCGGUAAACAACCUCCGCGUUGUCGGUGCCGAGGUGGCAUAUCUUACUGAUGUUCUCAUGAAAAAGUUUGGAUAUUCUCCUUCAAAAGUGCACUUGAUUGGCCACAGCGUGGGAGCACAUCUGGCUGGGGAAGCUGGGUCAAGGGUACCAGGCCUUGGAAGAAUAACUGGGUUGGACCCAGCUGGGCCAUAUUUCCACAACACUCCGAAUGAAGUUAGGCUGGACCCUUCAGAUGCCAACUUUGUUGAUGUUAUUCAUACAAAUGCAGUUCGCUUACUCUUUGAGUUUGGUGCUGGGACUAUUAAUGCUUGUGGUCACCUUGACUUUUACCCAAAUGGAGGGAAGCACAUGCCAGGAUGUGAAGACUUAAUUACACCUUUGUUUAGCUUUGAUUUCAAUGCUUAUAAGGAAGAAGUGGCUUCCUUCUUUGAUUGCAACCAUGCCCGAAGUCAUCGCUUUUAUAUUGAAAGCAUCCUCAAUCCUGAUGCAUUUAUUGCUUAUCCUUGUAGAUCCUACAGAUCUUUUAAAGCGGGAAAUUGCUUCCAUUGUCCCAAAGAAGGCUGCCCAACAAUGGGUCAUUUUGCUGAUAGAUUUCACCUCAAAAAUAUGCAGCCUAAUAGAUCGUAUUAUUUUUUAAACACAGGCACUCUUUCCCCAUUUGCCCGUUGGAGUCACAAAUUAUCUGUCAAACUCGACGGAAACAAUGUCACCCAAGGGAGCAUGUUUCUCCGUGUAGGUGGAACCACUGGGAAAACAGGGGCAUUGGUGAUAGCCAGUGGAGCACUUAAGCCAGGCAUGACUUACACAAAAUUAAUUGACGCAGACGUUAAUGUUGGAAAUGUUACCAAUAUCGAGUUCUUUUGGAAGGAACUUUUGUUUGGACACUCUCAGAAUAAGUUGGGAGCAGAAAUGGUGAUCGAUAUAUCUGGAAAAUAUGGAUAUGAAUCUACCUUCUGUAGCCAGGACAUUAUGGGACCCAAUAUUGCUCAGGUCCUGAAGCCAUGCCAAUCUCAGAUACAGUCUUGAUGGAUUUACUUAAUGGGAGCAGUGAAAGAAAGAAUCUCCUUCUAGCUGGUAUCCGAACCAAACUUGGCCUUUGUGAAUGAGAUAGACAAGUACAGUUGUUGUUGCUUUUUAUAUAGAAUUUUUUCCUCACGGAUAAACUUUGUAAGUGCCUUAAAAACAGACUGAGUCCUAGGACAGGGUAUGGUAUGGUAAUCUGAAGGAAUCUGAGUAUCAGUGACAAAAUAAAGCUGUGUGGGAAUUUCCCUGAAUGAGAAGAGGAGAGGCCCAAGUGUACUGGAAUAAAUUCACUGGGCAAAAGCGAGACUCUGGUUGAGUAUUUGAAGUACGUUUUGAGUAUUUCCAGGUCAAAUAAUCAUUGUUCUAAAAUGAUUUAAAGAAUAUUUAUUCUGUUGUUAAAUCUUGCUAAGACAAAUUAUGACUAUAGUUCAUGAUAUAUAGUGAUGAUAACCCUGUGGGUUAAUAUGCUUAUGUAUUAAUAAUGAAAACCGAUGAGGGUACAUUAGUAUUUCCAAGUUGUUCCUUGGCCUUCAGGUGUAUGUAAAGUAAACGAGAUUUGGGGGGCCUAUCUGUGACGUGUACACCAGUUAGCAAUAGGCCCUGAGGAUCAUCAGCCCCUUCUCUAGAAGCUCCCCUGCCAGGGAAGAAUUACUCCUCUCUGGGCCUUGUAAGUUCCAUAGCAAAUUUGCAUUUAACCUAAAGGCAGCAUUUCACUUGUAAAGCACUUGACUAUCCCUUUGUGUUUGCAAUAAAGUACUGUAAUAUUUAAAUGUACCAAUUUUUUAAAAAAAAUUCCUUCCAUCUUUUGUAAUUCAGUUGUCCUUAUCCAUGGCAAAUGACAGAUGAACGUUUUUAUUUGCUCUGUUUUCUAAUGGGUUCAGUGGUUAGCCCGCAGCACUCUACUGUAAAUGUUGUUAAAAAGAAAUGGUGACAGAUCCUCUGCAGAAGUUUUCUUGAUUCUUCUUGAUGCCUUAAUGCCAAGUCAACCUCAAGAAGAGGCCCCCGGAUGUACUUAAACUUGUGUUGGGGCAGACAGUAGAGAACAAAACGGGGUGGCUCUUUCCCACUGUGCAAAUAGGAGCUAGCCGACUGAUGGGAGCCCAAGACUCGCUGGAAGGAGGGAAGGAGCUGCAGACACAUGUGGCAGGGUCUGGGGUCUGGUUGAUCAAAUGCUCUCUGGUGGGCGUGUCAGCCCCAGGCCUUGGCUGGUGCAGGAGCAGGAUGGCCACGAGCAGCCCCAUGGGAGAGUCCGAGCCCUCCUAACACUGUGGCAGACCCAGCAUACCUUGGCAACCUGGCGGUAGAGUCUGCCCCCUGGCUCUGGGGACAAGAAACCUUCCUGUGAAAUCAGCUGUCCUGAGCCUGCGCUGUUCCCCGCUCAGCCUUUCUUUCUUUCAAAAACGGCUUGGCCACCAGCAGGAAGAGUUCUGGAUCAAGUCACAGCAUGAGGCUCCGUGAGUCCUGGCCUGCCUCCUUGCCCAAGAGGCUUCUUGGCUGCUUCUUUCUAAGCUUGAAAAGACGAAUGGGAACCAAUUAACUUCUGGGAACCCUAUUUUAAUAAAGUACAAACUUUCCAUUCCAUA